GUUUCCAAGUCUCAAUUGCUGUGCUGCUGUGCUGAAAACCCUAGUUCGUCACCCACCCCCUAACCCUCCCUCCCUCACUCCCUCACCGCACGCCUCAUGGAGCAUCUCGCUGCUGCGUUCCAGCACAUUGGCUUGGACCGCCGCAUAAACAUCCUGGCAGUGAGCUACACUGGACCGGCUGUUUUGCCAUCCGCCUCACCCGGUCGAGCAAGCCAACCACUGCAGCAGCUGCAGCAGCAGCAGCAGCCUGCUGCCCCAUCACUCCUGCUGGCAGCGUCAAACCUUCCCGAGACGGCGGCCGUCGCCGGCGGCGUGUCUGCUGCCGAACGCGAGCAGCACAUCCGCGCGCUGUACGCUGCACGCGAAUGGCCCGUCCCACUGCCCGAGCCGUCAUCGAACGAGACCCGCGCCACCUCAACGCGGGACAAGCAACAGCAGGCACGAACAUCCCUCGUUGAUGCAGUGGCCGCUGCCAUCAUCCCCAAGCAGAGCACAACAGCCGUGUCCCCGUCCGAAGCACCAGAACUUGCACCAUCGUCCAAGGCCGAGCUGCUGCUCGCUCGUCUCGUGCAGCACAACUUGGUCUCGGUAGCUGCGUUCGCGUCGUGCAACUCGUCCUUAUCAAGCAGUACACGUCAAGCACCGAGCGGUGAAGAGCAGCAGCAGCAGAUCGCAGACCAAGUCCGCCGGCACGCCGUGGCGCACGACUGCACAGUCUACACGAGCUCUGUCAGCCUCAAAUUGGAGGUCGAUCCGUUGACCGACGGGCCAGAGGAUGGUCAGUUCCGGAUACGGCGAUCGCAUAGCCUGGGCUUUCACAUUGUCAAUGCCCCGGAUCUGCCACAUCCCUCAUUGAUCGGUCCCCUGAUCGGGCAGCUCUCAAGCGACGCCUCAAAGACAGCAGAGGGUGCCAUCCAUUGUUGCUGGCUGUUUGUGUCCGCGGCACGGCCCUUCCUUUCGCAGCACGACAUGGAACUCGCGCGGCUCGUCGACAGCAAGCUGUGCCCGGUCGUAGUGGUGCUUGUUGGGUCAUCCCCCGACCCGACGUACACGCGAAACCUCCAGCAUGUCUUCCGGCACGUGAUUGUCCUGCAAUCCCCGCGCGUCCCGAUACCUCGCUCGGCAUCCGACUCGUUUGCACGCGGCAGCGGCUUUUUUGAAGGUGCCUUUGGCGAUGCCAACGACUGGGGCCGUUUGCACUCUGGCCUGGACGUGCUCUUGUUCAAGAGUGUGGGUGCUGCGAUCGAGAUGGCCGUGUACUACGAGACCAGAGAGCGUCCCAAGUCGCUGCACUCGUCGCUGCACUGGUUUGGAGCGCUUCUCGGAUGGUAUGCCGUCAACAUCCCCGUAGCGGCUCGCAUCUUGACAAGAAUUCUCGGCAUCAUCUCGCGGCGGUUGCCAGCGUCAUGGGCGCCAAUUUUCCACCGCUUUGUCGCCGCGACUCUGCUGUACUUUGCAUCGAAAAACCUCACCCUGCUCGUCGCAACACAGCAGGAGCACCAUCUCCGUCAGUACGCCACCGCCGCCAUGCAGCAGAUUGGCAACUACUGGCCGCGAUUAAUCAACCACGCUGUUCUUCAGCGAACGGCCAGAAGUGAGACUCCACCGUCCGCCGUCGCUCCGUCUCCAGAGCCCCCGCAGCCGAUUCUCGCGCUGUGGGUUUUGCUUCUGCUCGGUCGUGCUUCCCUCUCUGCGCGACAGCAAUGACGCGUGCAAUUUCCUUCCGAGUUGAACGAGUUCAAUUGGCAAGCGAAUUUGGUUGACUUUUUGAAACAGUAUGACGACCAAAUCAAUCUGCAGCGCUCCUCGACCCCCAUCCCGUUACCCAAUACAUGCAUCAUAAUCCAAUGCGACCAUUUA